AUGAGUCUUCCUGUGACAACGCCUUGUGCUCACAACUUCUGCAAGCCAUGCAUAGAAGGCAGAUUUGUUGGGCAAACUGUAAUGGCAGAAAGAAGCAAAGGUGGACGCACCCUUCGUGCAAGGAAGACCAUCAUGAACUGUCCUUGUUGUCCCACUGACAUUUCUGACUUUCUCCAAAACCCUCAGCUGGCGGUGAAGAACAAGGAUGAGGAAAAAGCAGAGCUUGUUGAUGCAUCAGAUGAAGAAGGUGCAAGCACAAGUGUAGAUGAAAACUCUGACAUUACCGAAGAAGAAACUCCAGUCGUCACUGAAGAAGCUGAUGAACAACCAAGGAAAAGGAUCAAGCUGGACACUGACACUAGAUUUUUCUGCGACUGUGGUGUAGUCUUGGCUUCGAGGAAAAAUGACCAAACUAAACCUAUCUAA